AUGAAACAAAAACGAGCGAUUCGUCUGCUGGUACCGGAUCGACCCCUUCGCGCCGGAACUGUAAGAGAUCACUCGACGUAUCUCGGUUGUCGGUGGAGAUUUCAAAAAGUUGUCAACAGAUAAAAUGCGCAUAAUCGCUUUGUCAACAUUUUUGUAGUUGACACCUUUUUGAUAUCUCAACAGGCGGCCGAGAUAAAUUGUCUCAAAAAAAAAGUAAAAGUCGAGACGGUCUAAUCUAAUCCAUCUGGUUUUUCUUUUUUGCGGGCGCACAAAGCCGCUAAUCCUGUAACGGAAAGCUUUCAGAAAGAACUGGUCGAAUUGUCGAUGCGCAUACCGGACGCCGUGCAGAUUUUGGACUCGAAAGCCGUUUUUGAGGCAUGAUUUUUUUUCGGGUUCCACGAUUACUGUACUUUUUCUGUUCAGGGUCGUUGCCGAGCCUCUUUCUCCGGCCAAGACUCGCAGCACACUUUGAUCGACGAAAAGCUGCACAUUCCGUUUUCAGCCAUCCAACUGCCAACUACAAAGGUACGGGGGGGCAGUCAGACUACUGUAACAUUGAGUUGAGGGUGUGGACGUGGUCCCCGACGGUCAGCACCGUUUGCCAAUCUUCCUGACGAUUCCGCAUCACAUGCCCGGCACGUUUAGCGGCAAAUUCGGAGCCAUCGCCUAUCGAUUUGUGAUCAAAGUUAGUUUGUGAAUUUGAUUUCGAUGUUGGCCCCAACCCCUUCCAAUAAAAAUUCCCUUGGCGCAAUUGACGUGCGCGCUAAACAAGGCGCGUAACGCGUAAUUCCGGAGCGUCGUUGUAGAGUUUCUCAUUUCAAUUUUCCCUUUUUUUUUGCAUUAUCGCCAUCUUUUCAGAACCAAUCAGUGUCAAAACGUAUGAUAAUGAUUAGAAAUGAAUAAAAAAUGAAAAAAAAACGUUUUAUGUGAAAAUUACCGAAUUUUUUUCCGUUUGAAAUCGAAAAUUGUAUAUUUUUCGACGGUUGAGCGCUUAAAAGAUGCGCAAUAAACUGCUUGUUGAGUGUCCGAACGCGAUUCGGCAAAUAAUCGUUAAAACUCUGUUUUUUUCAGCAGUUUUCGGCAAAAUCCCUCAAUUUGGUCAAUUCUGAACGAAUCGGCUCCGUUUCGCGCUUAAAUCGAUGUUUUUAGCUCAGACAAUCGUCCUACGGUUCGCAAAGAACAAAAUUUGAGUGUUUAUUAAGAGAAAAACGAAAGAAUUCUGGUUUUCAAUUGAAAAAAGAAACUCCGAGUCGACGGUGGAUGCAAGCGCGCCCCAUUGACAACUCGCCCUCCAAAAAACGGACUAGGGCUAUAAAAAGGGCGAAACGAAAAGAAAACAAAGCGAUAAUUAGCGUCGCCGACCGCCGCUAUGCCCUUCGCUUAACGGCACAAAAGUCCUUGAGAACCAUGGGAACCAAUUGGCAAAUGUAAAGUUUACAGCUGAAAGUGAAACGAUUCUCAUCCGGCGACGAGGGAACGAUCGAGUGCGAGAAGGCGGUCGACGUGCUGGGAAAAGUGUCUUUGGACCAGCAACCUUCGUUCGCGCAGCCAGUUUCCAUCGAUAGACACGUUAAGAAAAAGGUUUGAGACAGUCUCGAAUAUUGUAGAGUCUAGACGCGUCCUAGACGUCUAGAAUUUGUUUUGUGACAUCUCAACGUCUAGCACUUUAUUUUCACAGUUGACGACUUUUUUCCAGGACCACUCUCUGGGGUACUGUAGCCGCUGGAAGUUGGGAGCUAGAAGAUUCUCUUGAAAAGUGGUCCAACUUCCGAGGGCUACAGUACUCCGGAGAGUGGUUGUAGAGAAAAGUGGUCAACUGCAAAAAUGUAGUACUAGAUGUCAAGAUUUACCAAAAAAAAUUUGGGAAUGAUCGGUCCACUCCUGACGAUGUGGAACUUCUUCUUUGCAGGCCUUUUUCAUCAACCGCCUCGAGUCGCACAUCAAGUUUGAGAUCGAUAGAGCCGCUUUCACCGUUGGUAAGCUUUUUCGUCAGCGAAUCGAGUGAUAAGAUACGGGCGCAAAUCAAGAUUUAUAUCAAUGAUAUCAGUUGCGUAAGCGCACACACACACCUAGCAACCCAAUCUUGAACCGGUUCUUCUUCUUCUUCUUCUUCUUCCUCUUCUUCUUCUUCGUCUUUUCAACAAAUUUAGACGGAGAAGCGAUAGAAAAACUUUGUUGAACUGGAAACAAUUUCAGGGGACCACAUCCUGGUGAGCGGGGAGGUGAAGAAUGAGCAUCCGAGUGCUCCGAUCAAGCACGUCAGCUUGGAAUUGAGGCAACACAUUCUGUACGCGAGUGGAGAUGCUCAGAGAAGCGAGUAAGUCGGCGCCGGCAUCAAACCAGAUAUUAUCAGUUCCGAUUCCAGCACGCGCCUCAUCACCCGUCUGAUCCUCGGCUCCGUGCCUCCGAACGAAACGUUCCCGGUCCAUCACUCGCUGCAAAUUCCGUUCGAUUGCUAUCCAUCACUCUGUUGGAAUGGAAAUCCGGUCCAGGUCGGUUUUGGGUCGAAAAAUGCUAUUGUAGUCGUCGAAUUUCGGUUCAGGUGGCCUACGAAUUACUGAUCACCAACGCGGGACUGUUCGAAAUCGGCACCCCGGUGUUCAUAGGCAAUUGUGGCACAGCGGCGACGAGUCGGAGAAGUAUUAUGGUGAGUUUAUCGGAUUUUCUACAUAAUUUGACAGUUUUUCAUAAAAACCGUCCUAUGCCAAGAUAUUUGAACUUUUCUAACAGCCAUAGUGAAGCCACAAAGUAGGUAUUGUUUGGUAAACUGAUCAUAUCUCGGUACAUGACAAUUUUCGCCAAAUAUGAUCAACUAGAAAGUUGUAGAGCAUGAAAUUAUCUUUCAAAUUCUUUUUUAACCGUUACAAAAUCUUCAAAUCUGACCGAGAUACGGUAGUGCAAAGUUUAACUAGAGAUUUUUCGGUUUUGUGGCCUCGUACUAUCAAAAUCAGUUAGAAUGACAACAAUUUCGAAUAUUAUCCAUUUGAGUACCCCGAAUCGACAUCCGGCGACGCCGCGAGCACCGCCUACUACCACGUUCCGCCGACGGAGCUCAGUUUCUCGCCGGAUCCGCCGCCCUACUCGACUUUCUCAAAACCGAGCCGAUUUUCGUGCCGAUUCACAUGCUCAAGACGCCGUAUCGGCCAUUCGCACCCGCUUUUCACAUGUUCCCACCGAAAUACGAUCACAACUUCAACUUUAACUGUCAAAGAAGAGCCAGCCGAUUGGUCGAGUCGCCGCCUCCGCAACGAUUUUCUAAAGAUCGAGGAGAUUGAGUGA